UUGUUACUUUUCUUUUUUACACUAUUUCAAAUGGUCUAUCAAGAUCUCGAUCUAGAAUCUAUGAUUUCUUGUCUAGAUCUAUACUUUCUAUAUUAAAAUACUAAAUAGUUUUGUUUUAAUAUUAAAUCAACAUGUUCGUAGCAAGGUCCAUAGCAUCAGAGCAUAAGGACCUAAUUCAUGAUGUUUCCUUUGACUACCAUGGUAGAAGAAUGGCCACAUGCUCUAGUGAUCAUACUGUCAAGGUUUGGGAUUUAGAAGAUGGAAAUUGGCGCUGCACUGCAAGCUGGAAGACUCACAGUGGCUCUGUUUGGCGUGUUACAUGGGCACACCCAGAGUUUGGUCAGGUACUUGCCACCUGUUCUUUUGAUCGCACUGCGGCUGUAUGGGAAGAGCUUAGUAGUGAUAUUGGCAGCAAAGGGGGAUUAGUUACAAACACCUGGCUGAAGAGAACAUCUUUGGUGGACAGCAGAACUUCUGUUACUGAUGUAGGCUUUGCACCUAAACAUCUAGGAUUACAGCUUGCCACAUGCUCAGCAGAUGGUAUAGUACGAAUCUAUGAAGCUGUAGAUGUGAUGAACUUGAGCAAUUGGCAGCUUCAGUUUGAAUUUAAUUGUAAUCUUAGCCUCAGUUGUCUUUCAUGGAACACAUCCAGAUUACACCCACCAAUGAUUGCUGUAGGCAGUGAUGAUGCUAACCAAUCAGCUGGCGGUAAAGUGCAAAUAUACGAAUACUCAGAUAUAGUUAGGAAAUGGCAGAAAGUAGAAACUAUCUACAUGGUGACAGAGCCUGUCCAUGAUGUUAGAUUUGCUCCAAAUUUAGGCAGAUCCUAUCACCUUCUAGCUAUUGCAUCAAGGGACCUCACAAUUUUAUCUUUAAAAAAUGUCAGAAAAGAUGGUGGAUCUAAUGCUGGAGGUGUGAGUAAAUUUGAAAUUCGACAGUCCGGAAGUUUUGAAGACCAUGGAUCAGUUGUAUGGCGAGUGUCGUGGAAUAUCACGGGUACAAUUUUAGCAUCUUCAGGCGAUGAUGGCUGUGUGAGAUUAUGGAAAGCUAACUACCUAGACAACUGGCAGUGUAUCUCUGUUCUGAAAGCAGACAGCAAUUCUACAGAAAUUGAGAAGUCAUUUUCACACAUCCCCAGUGUAUCAACCACACAUAGUGCUAACAUGUUCAGACCACCUCCUCCACCUGGGACCAUGAAUAUCAAAAGAUCCUCAGGAUGGCCUUACAUGAACAUUAACGUUGACCAUGGAAAGGUGUUUUACUAAUACCGGACAAUGAUAAUUCUUUGACUUUGAUUUAAAUGUAUGUUUUAUUGUUUUUGUUUCUCAUGCAUGGUGGGAAUUAUAAUACCAAUCACUGUUUAUAUUAUCUGAACAAUAUUUAUUAGAUGUUACUGGGAGUAAUUUUUGUUUUACACAAUUAAAUAUUUUCAUCUUUGUCAAGAGUGGUAACUGCAUCUUUAACUUUAGGCCAAGGUAGAGCGCACCUUCUAAAACAAACUAUUCACGUCAUUAAAAUCAACUUAUUCAUGACCUUACUAGAAUUAGACUAUUUAGAUGUGUACAACUAGAAAUUAAUUCCUCUAAUUUUUAUAGACAAAUGUAUAGUUUUAUUUACUGUAAAGUUGUGCAUAAUGGAAUCCAAUGAUUAACAAUAUUGAGGUUUUAAAAAUAUUUUGUGAUGAAUAAUUUAAUUCACUUGUUGGGCAGUUUUAAAAAACUAUUAAAACACCUCACUAAAACCUAC